UGCAGUGAAGAGGAGGACCCGGCAUGAAGCAGAAGCUGGAGCAGAAGCUGGAGCUCGCUGCCCUCGGCCUCGGCGCCGUCGGGUGGCUAUGUGCCAUUCUGACACGCUGCCUAGCCUUGUGGAAAGUCAGCGGCACCGUGGACAACACCACAGCUACUCUGCCUGCCUACUGGGACGGGGUGUGGUUGGAAUGGGAUCAUUGGGAUCUGGCCCACGAUGGCAGCCUGCAUUGCUCCUUUUACCGGUCUCUCAUGUCUCUUUCUGGAAGUUUUCGGACGUGGAGAGCCCUGAUUUUGGCAGCCAUUGGCGCUGGGGCUUUUGCUUCAGUGAUCGGAACAGUGGGGAUGGUGUGGUUCCCUCAGCGAGGCCAGAUCAAAGUGUUUUCUGGUAGUCUCUUUGUUUUGUCAGGGAUCAUACUGUUGGUUCCCAUAGCUUGGACGUGCCACCACACCAGUCAGCCACUGGAGGGCGCUGUGGGUCUACAAAGGGACUGGGGACCUGCUCUCUACCUUGGAUGGAUCUCUUUUGGCUUGAUGCUUGCCGGUGGGGUGUUUCUUACCACCAGAUGCCCAACUGCUCAGAGGCAGGAGGAGCAGACUUCAGACAGCAGGUACCCAAAUCUAGAGGAGGAGGCCAGUCACCCACUGAGCAGGAUCAACAGGACUACGUUCACACACAGCCAGUACGAACGCAGAUCAGAGCCUAUCUGAGAGGACUGUGAUGCAAU